AUGUCUUCCUUCUUAUCCUCGGACACGUUCUCCAACCCAAGAUUUCAGCUUUUUGCGGCUGCUGUCUUCUCAGCAGCUACUACAGCUUCCUUGUUACUCGGCUAUCAAGCGUUGGAGCGCGAAGAGAGAGUACAUGAACUGAAGAGCUCAAUUCCUGCUGAUGAUCCUAACAUUCAACCAUUGAAUAACUUUGGCGGCUCAUCAGCGCCACCAGUUGAUAAGGAGGACGCAAGGAAUCAGGCUCUUGCCCGUCGGGCACAAGCUGGUGAUUUCGAUGAAGAACUAAUUCUCGAACAACUAGCGAGGAACAGGGUCUUCUUGACAGAUGAAGGCCUUGAUAAGCUACGGAACUCGUUCGUCAUUGUGGUUGGCUGCGGAGGAGUUGGCUCUCACUGCACAGCAGCCCUUGCUCGUUCUGGUGUUUCGAAAAUCAGGCUGAUAGAUUUCGAUCAAGUGACUCUGAGCUCUUUGAACCGACAUGCGGUCGCUACACUGGCUGAUGUUGGUAUUCCCAAGGUCCAAUGCUUGGAACGACGCCUGAUUGCCAUUGCACCAUGGGUUAAAUUCGAUCUGCGCCAGGAGCAAUUUAAUGAGGAUGUUGCGGAGCGCUUACUUCGCCCCUGGAGCGAAGAUGGACGCGCCCCUGACUUCGUUAUCGAUGCCAUCGACAACAUCGAGACCAAGGUCUCACUUCUCGAAUUUUGCUACAAGAAGAACCUGCCAGUCAUCAGUGCCAUGGGCGCAGGGUGCAAAAGCGAUCCUACAAGAAUCAUUGUGGGAGAUAUUGGGGCGAGCAAGGAUGACGGGCUCUCAAGGGCGACACGAAGGAAGCUGAAGCUGAAGGGUAUCACAAGCGGCAUCCCCGUUGUCUACUCUACAGAGACAUCAGGCGCUGGUAAAGCUGAGCUACUCCCACUACCUGAAGAGGAGUUCCAGAAAGGCUCUGUUGGCGAUCUAGCUGCCAUGCCCAACUUUCGCGUCCGGAUUCUACCUGUACUCGGCACAAUGCCGGCCAUCUUUGGUCUUACAGUGGCAAACCAUGUCAUUCUGAGCAUUACAGGCUAUCCCUUAGACUAUGUACCUGCCAAGGGCCGGGAAAAGAUGUACGAGGGCAUGCUGGCAACACUGCAGAGCUACGAGGAGAAGUUGGCACGAUUAGGUAAUGAGGGCGAUCAAAUAGGCCUCAAGGUCCCCAUCACUGUCGGUGACGUUGCUUUCCUUUCUGAGGAGCUCUAUCAGGGACGAAGUGCCAUUACUGGUAUCCCCACGAAGCUGGUCCUAAUCCGGUGGCAGAAGCCCAGCGGCUCCAGUAUCACGACCUUGGGUGAGGGCAAGAACAUACAGAAGUGCUCUACAGUGAAGCUUCACGAUCUCGUGUUAAUGACCAAGGACGAGGCCACUAGACAUGAGAAGGAGAUCUUCAAGGGUGGGAAAUCUCUUGAAGAUGUAUAUGAUGCUGAGACAAUUGCGCGAGUUGAGAAGAAGAGAGAGACGGCUGAGAAGUACGAGGGUUUUCGUUCAUGA